AUGGCGUCCGGCUCGCGGCCCGCGUUGUGCACGUCGUUUGAAAAGGGCGAUACCCUCCAGCCGUUCUACACGGGUGGAGCGGUCGCCGUCACGCAGGAUGGCGCGUGGAUCGCUGCCUCGUUCGGCACAGAAGUCAUGGUCGUCGAGGCGGCGACCGCGCGCCUCGUUGCGAAGCUUGCGGGCGACGGCUCGGAGCUGAGCAGCCUCGCGCUCACGCCGAAUGACGCCCACCUCAUUACAGUUUCGCGCUCCAUGGCGAUGCACGUCUAUGCGCUCCCCGACUUUCAGCUCGUGCGCACCAUUGCACGCUCGCACGAUUCGCCCGUCGCCUUGAUGGCCGUCGAUCCCACGUCGAGCCUCGUCGCGACGGGUGGCGCGGACGGCAGUGUCAAGGUUUUUGACAUUGCCAAGGGCUUUGUGACGCACGUCUUCCACGGCCACGGCGGCGUGAUCAGCGCACUCUGCUGGAACGUCCAGAAAAAGAGCGCCGCUCGUACGGUGCAGCUGUGCACGGGCUGCGUCGACGGCAAGGUGCGUGUAUGGGACCUGCAGGGCGGCUCAAAGGCUUCCGCCAAGCCCAUCUCGAUCCUCAGCGGCCACGCAGGUGUCGUGCGUGGCAUCGCCAUCUCGCCGGACGGCAAGACGCUCGUCAGCGGCGCCCGCGACCAGACGCUCGCCAUCUACGCCGACAAGGACGGGCGCUGGGAGCGCCAAGAGAUCCGCAUCGUCGGCGAGCGUGUCGAGGCGCUGGGCUUUGUAUCGCCUACGCGCUUUUACACGGCCGGCGCCCGUGGCGUCGUGCGGCUGUGGGAUGUCAAAAAAGAGGCGCCGCUCGCCACGCAGGCCGCGACGCUCGAGGAGGAGGCCGAGGAGGAGGAUGAACUGAGCGGCCUGACCGACGCACGCUUUGCGGCCGCGACACAAACCAUUGUGGCCGUCACCGCGACGCAGGACAUGGCCUAUAUCCACGUCGACGCUGCCGCUGCGUCGCUGGCGCUUACGCGCCAGCUCGUCGGCUACAAUGACGAGAUUGUUGACCUGACCGUCGUGGCGCGCGACGAAAGGCCGCACCUCGCCGUCGCCUCGAACAACAACCAAAUUCGCGUGUAUAAACUGGAUGCAGAGGACCACGACGUGACGCUCCUUUCGGGCCACUCGGACAUGGUGCUGAGCGUCGAUGCGAGUGGCGACGGCAAGUGGCUCGCGAGUGCGUCCAAGGACCGCACCGCGCGCGUCUGGGCGCCGCGCGGCGAGCGCGAAUGGGCGGCGAUCGCUGUGUGCGAAGGUCAUGCAGAGAGCAUCGGCAGCGUCGCUUUUUCGCGCGGCGCGAGCGCGCCGCCGUUUAUGGUGACCGCGAGCCAGGACCGGACGAUCAAGCUGUGGGACUUGUCGAGCGUAUCGAGCGCUGCGAGCGAGCCGGUGAAGCCUUCGUCGCUCAUCACACUCAAGAUCCACGAAAAAGAUAUCAACGCCGUGGACAUUGCGCCGAACAAUGCGCUGCUCCUCUCCGCGUCGCAGGACAAGACCGCGCGCGUCUUUCGCCUCGAGUACAAUGCACCGAGUAAGGGGAAUCAGCAGCGCGCGUCGGCGACGCUGCGCCCGCUCGCCACCUGCCGCGGCCACAAGCGCGGCGUGUGGUCCUGCCAAUUCUCGCCUGCCGAGCAGGCGUUUGCCACCGGCUCGGGCGACCAGACCGUGCGCCUGUGGAGCCUCAAGGACUUUUCGUGCGUGCGUGUCUUUGAGGGGCACACGGGCAGCGUGCUCCGCGUGCGUUUCCUUCCGUCUGGCGCCCAGCUCGCGAGCUCUGCGAGCGACGGCCUGGUCAAGGUGUGGAACGUGCGCGACGAGGAGUGCGCGACGACCAUCGACGCGGCGAACGACAAGAUCUGGACGUUGGCCGUACGCAACGAGGAGCCGCUGCAGGUCAUCAGCGGCGCGGCCGAUAGCACGAUCGCUUGCUGGAAAGAUACCACUGCUCAAGUCCAGUCGGAGAAGGCGGCGGCCGCGCAGGACGCCGUCGAGCGCGAGCAGGAGUUUGCCAACCUGGUCGUGUUGAAGGACUACCGCAACGCGAUCGCACUCGCACUGCAGCUCGACCAGCCGCGGCGGCUGCUUGCGCUCUUUGCACAGGUCGCAGCGGCGCGCCCGGAAGGCGACGCCAUCCAGUCGAUCGAGCAGCUGAUGGCCAACGCGCUCGGCACGCAGCAGACCGGCACGUCAAGCAUCACCGGCCUCGGAGCGGUGGACGAGAUCAUUGCCAAGCUGCCGCAGGCACAGCUCGUGCAGCUCCUGGGCUACAUCCGCGACUGGAACACCUCGGCCCGCACCGCACCCACUGCGCAGCUCUUGCUGCAUGCGAUCGUGCGCCUGCACUCUGCCGACACCCUGCUCGGCGCGUACGCAAAGGGCGAAAAGCCGGCGUCGCUGGCGGCGCUGCUGGAUGCGCUCCUGCCGUACACGGAACGCCACUAUGCGCGUGCCGACCGCAUGCUCGUCGAGAGUGCGAUGCUCGAGUAUACCUUGCAUGCUAUGGACUCGGUGCUGGGCGUGGCCGCCGAGGAGCCAAUGGAUGAGGCGACAGAGGAAUAG